CUUUUCUUUUUUCAGUCGCCGCCAUGAUGCAUCUUGGCUGCGCCCGUCGUCUGCUAUCCACUGCGUGUCCUCGGCGUACCGCCCGUAUCGACAAGCUCCCCGACGGAUACCGAGCAGAUAAAAUCAUAGCAGCUCUCAAGGCGAGCCCGGUGGAGUCCGUCAUACCGUUGAAAAAUCACCUCCUGCUCAGGUUUUUUGAUGAGAGUACGGCUAGGCGGUGUGUUGAAGGGAACGUUGGUGGGUAUUCUGUGAGGAUGGAUGAAGAGCCGGAGCCAAGGUUGUCGGCAUAUGUCGUUGCUGCGCUUGGGCUGGAGGAUGCGUCGAGGACGUUGUCGAUUAUGAAUCCUCCGAAGGAGAAGAGGGCGCUGCUUGGGGAGAUGGAGGGGCUUCAGUGGACGAGGAUUGAGAACGGGCGAUUUGAGUAUAGGUUUUGGGGUGUUGUGGAUGCUUGUAGGGUUUUCUCUAGGUAUAAUGCAGUGAAAGGCGCAGUGUUCAUAUUCGUGCCUGAUGACAAGGACGAGUAUAUGUUUCCUUCUUGGUAUCCCCGAGGAGAAUUUCUCGUGGGCAAAGUGGAACGGAAUGUCUUGGUAUCCAAUAUCCAAAAUGGGGAAACGCUGCGGAUCCUCGGCGAGCGGGUUGCGGAGUUUGAUGCCCAUGGAUUCUUGUUGAAAGCUCAUUAUGAGCGGAAGACGAAGGCGAUGAAAGUGGUCCUGGCGACAUCGGGACACGCUAAGCAAUUCCUUGAGGCUUGUAAGGAUCUGGGAGAUGUCGAGCUAUCGUAUCAGGAGGAUAACGAUCCUCGUUGGAUAUCCCGAGGGAUGAUAACCGCGCUGACCUUGGGCGCCCGACGAAGCAUCUCGCUGUCCGUACCUUCAGAACACCGGAGCAGUAUGACCGCAUAUCGGAGUUUCUUCUCACAGUACGGUGCUCUUCGUCCACAAUCAAGCGAGGACGACGGUCCUGAAGAGCUGCGCUUGCAUUUUGAGAGUAUUCUAGGUGCUAUGAAGGCAGUGAUGUUGACGGAGGCGACGUUUGAGGGGGCCAGCAUUACGUUCUUGGGUGCCCGUGAUCUCGCACCGUAUCGCUUGACACAUGUGGGGCGUAGGCAGCAUUGGAGGUUACCAGUUCCUUGAGUACACUGCAAUAUAUAUCUUUAAAGGAAAGUUUGGCCAGUAAUACUUUCUUUGGAAUGAUUUUUUUUUUCUUUAGUAUUACGUUCUUGGAUGCCCGUGGUCUCGCGCCGUAUUGCUUGACAAAAGUGGGUUGUCGGCAGCAUAAUAAUAAUGCCAGCAUUCGAGGUUGCCAAUCCUUUGAUAUUUAGAUAACAUAUAUUAUUCAGAAGAAAACAGUACCAAAGAUUCUGUCCCAACCACUUCCCUCCUCCUAAUGCAAGCUUAACGACUAUAUCUGUUUUCAUCUCUUCAUUCUGUAAUUUUCCGUAGAAAGUUUGAAAUGCCGAUCUCCUUGUUUUUACCCCUGAUUUCGCCGGAAUCGCCCCCACGUGGCCGCCGGCGGUGACGGGAGCAAC